GAGGCAGGAGCAAGGACUUGCAACACGGUCUUGUUGCUUUGUAUAUAAAGGCUGGACUUGGAGAGCUGUAUUCAGUGUGUCUUAGGACUUGACUUGCUUCACACCAUGAAGUCGAUGCUUGCAAUUGUGGUCAUGGCCGUCGUUGCCACUCUUUGUCAAACCGGUGUACACGCUGGCUACGGUUAUGGUGGUGGACACGGCGGUGGACAUGGUGGUGGAUACGGCUAUGGAGGACAUGGAGGCUACGGCUAUGCCAGCGGAGUAUCUACCAACAACUUCCAUCUCGCUGGUCCCAGAUAUGGCGGGAUUAUCGGAUAUGGCCAUGGCGGAGGAUAUGGCCAUGGCGGAGGAUAUGGCCAUGGUGGCGGCUAUGGCUACGGAGGAGGCUACGGAGGAUAUGGUGGCGGCCAUGGUGGAUAUGGAUACGGCAACGGCUAUGGUGGUGGACAUGGUGGUGGAUACGGCUACGGAGGACAUGGAGGCUAUGGUUAUGCCAGCGGAGUAUCUACCAACAACUUCCACCUCGCUGGACCCAGAUAUGGGGGAAUUAUCGGAUAUGGCCAUGGCGGAGGACACGGCGGAGGCUAUGGCUAUGGUGGCUAUGGAGGAUACGGUGGCGGCUACGGUGGUCAUGGUGGCUUUGGCUUUGGUGGCGGCCAUGGCGGAUACGGAUACGAGAAAAUAUGUGCCUUAGGACUUGACUUGCUCCACACCAUGAAGUCGAUGCUUGCAUUAGUGGUCAUGGCCGUCGUGGCCACCCUUUGUCAGACCGGUGUACAUGCUGGCUACGGCUAUGGUGGUGGACACGGUGGUGGACAUGGUGGUGGAUACGGUUACGGAGGAGGACAUGGAGGCUACGGCUAUGCCAGCGGAGCAUCUACCAACAACUUCCACCUCGCUGGUCCCAGAUAUGGCGGGAUUAUCGGAUAUGGCCAUGGCGGAGGAUAUGGCCACGGCGGAGGAUAUGGCCACGGUGGCGGCUAUGGCUACGGAGGAGGCUACGGAGGAGGCUACGGAGGAUAUGGUGGCGGCCAUGGUGGAUAUGGAUACGGCAAGUAAACGACCCGACACUACGACCAAAGCUAAUAUAACACAAUUUAGUAUUACCAACGAUGUUCCUGAAGUUCACACAGCACGACC